UCAAAUCCAGGAGUACUGUGGAGGCUUGUCCGUGAAAGCAGAAAGAAAAUAUAAAGAACGUAACUUAAGUCAGGUGUCGAUAUUCACGCUGGUGAAGCUCACAGGAAACUCUCAAGUGGACACAAUUCAAUCUCUUCAGGAUCAGAGUUAAUAUGGAAUGGAUGACUUAAGAGGGCAUAGAAACUAUUCAGGAGGAAGUGCAGGAGACAGAGACUUCACUGAAACCACAGUCACCACAACAAGACUUACAUCUUUGCCUCCACGAGGCUUCAUUGCUUCCUCCCACAAGGGAAUGUCAAGUAAUGCAGGGUCCACUGGCCUGGAGAAGAACAUUUUAACUCAAAUCAGCGACAGUUCUCACAUCUCAUCCUCCUCUGUGGGUGUGAGCGCAGAUUGGUUAGGCUCUGGAUCAAGGGAAUUUCUGGCAGAGGAGUUGUCUGUGAGUGAAGGCAGGAGGGCAGAUGGCGCCUCUGCAGUUUUUGAGAGUUCCUUUGGAAUCGACUCAGGUUCCAGGGUGAGAUCCAGCUCUGAGAGCAUGAGAAGAACACAAGAGUCCUGCAGCUCCCCUUUGUUUCUGGAGAGGGAAAACAUGACCACCCAAUCAAGACGUUAUGGGAGUUCAAGUGACAACUCAUCCCCAGAGAUCACAAGAAAAGUCUAUGGUUCAACUAGAGGACGAAGUCAGAGCAGGGAGACAGAAAUCAGGACCAGACUGCAGAGUGCAUCUCCCUCCACUAGAUGGACAGAGCUGGAUGAUGUGAAGAAGCUGUUGAAGAGGUCGCGCUCUGCCAGCAUCAGCCCCACACGAUCUCCCUCUUCCUCCCCCCUUCCUGUACCCCGCAGGGACACAGUAGAGGCCAAGAUCUCCACCAAGCCAGUCGAGCAAUAUGACACCACUAUUCUUGACACCCAGCUGGGCUCAUAUGCAUGGAAGAGCUCCACACUGCCCUCUGCAGUGUCCACUGGUACUGCUUACGGUCUGCACAGCAACACAAACAACAUGUCAACAGGAACUUCUGUUGUCAACAGCACAUCACCAUCCUCCUUAUCAGUGUAUGGCUUCCAUAACAAUUUAUCUCCUGUUAGUGGAGUUUUAUCUUCCAGUGGAGUUCACACACACUCAGGAUAUGGAGUGAAGAAAAAUUAUUCAUCAGGUCCAAGCAGCACUUUUGCUGUCAGUACAGGUGUAUCCACUUCAGGAACUGGCACAAGGCUCCAUAAUGAGAAUGUGGCAAAGAGAUACCUGAUUUUGGAGAAAGAGAACAUUCCUGUGAAGAGAGAGACUGAAGAACUCAUUCUUACCAAAGACAGUGGCAAGCAAUUUACCAACAGCGCCCCCAAUGGGACAGCCGGGUCAUACUCAGAUGUGUCAGUGAAGAAAGAAACUGCAGUCAGCUACUCAGAAAGAGUCCCUGUCAAGUCCACCUCUGGCACACAAUAUGGGUCUACAUCAGUGUCAACAAAAGAUAAAGCUACAUAUGCAGAGAUUCAUAAGGUGGAGGAUGAUGAUGACUGUAAGUGUGGUGGGGGUUUUUGGGGCUGUGGGUCUCAGUGCUGUUCCUGGUGGAAGUGGCUCCUGGGUUUUUUGCUCAGCCUCCUGUUGCUCCUUGGCCUUCUUUUUGGACUCAUUGCGCUAUCUGAAGAGGUCAAGAAACUAAAGGCUCGUGUAGGCGCUCUCGAGGGAAUGUCUUCCUCCAUGUCUGCCCACACAAGUCGCCUGUAUGCUUCUGUGGAUGACAUUUACAAAUAUAAUAGUGGUGCAAGUAAACUGGCAUAUGAAAAUUCACUGGGGAAUGAAAAUGUGGGGUCUACAGUCUAUUCUGAUAAUUCAGCACUUCAGAGAAAUGUACAGCAAAUCCUGAGAGCAGAGCUGCAGUCUGAAGCCAUGAAAGCCUUCCUAGCUUCUUCAAUCAAAGAUGAAAGAGGAUUGCCAGGACCUAAAGGUGAUGCUGGAUCUCCAGGGCCCAAGGGAGACAAUGGUUUUCCAGGAUUGCAGGGCCCACCAGGAAUACCAGGACAUCCAGGAAGAGAAGGAUCAAAAGGAGAAAAAGGAAGUGCAGGUGAACGUGGUGCAGAAGGACCACCAGGGUUCAGGGGGAGAGAUGGACCGACUGGGCCCCAUGGAGAGCCAGGACCCCCGGGAGCUGGAGAGAAGGGUGAAAGGGGUAUCCCUGGUUUUCCUGGAUCUCCUGGUCCGGUUGGUCCACCUGGGCUUAAAGGUGCUCGUGGUUUACAUGGUGAACAAGGCCCUCAGGGCUUCAGAGGUGAAUCUGGCCCUGCUGGACUUAAAGGUGAUAGAGGACUUCCUGGCACACCUGGAAUUAAAGGUGAUCAUGGUGACAAAGGAGACAAUGGGUUGCCAGGUGUUCCUGGGGCUGCUGGUCGACAGGGGCCUGCUGGUGAGCAAGGAGCUAAAGGAUCAGCAGGGCCUCAAGGAGCUGAUGGUGAAAAAGGCCAAAGAGGUGAACCGGGGUCAAUUGGUUUACCAGGAAUUAGAGGACCACCUGGACCACCCGGUAAUGCUGGUCAAGCAGGAACUCCAGGGAUUCAGGGACCUCCAGGCAUUCCUGGCAAUCCUGGUUCACCUGGGGCUAAAGGUGAGACUGGUGCACCUGGAAGAGUGAUCAGUGCAGCAGGCUCUAGCUCAUUGGCAAUCCCAGGAGCGCCUGGAAGCCCUGGUCCUCCUGGCCCACCUGGAUCUCCUGGACUCUCCGGUCCUGUUGGCCCUGCUGGACAUCCUGGUCAACCUGGUUCUAAAGGUGAUAAAGGAGAUCAAGGAGAACCGGGUAUUGUAGUGAAAACAAGCGAGACCUUGAGUUCAACACGAGCAGAAAGACAGGAUGGUUUUGCUAAUGCUGCUGUUCCUGGACCUCCCGGUCCUCCUGGUCCCCCAGGGCCUCCUGGACGUUCAGGAGAUUCUAGACCAGGUCCACCUGGGCCACCUGGCGAACCAGGCCCCUCGGGAUAUGGCAGACCAGGUCCAAAAGGAGAAAAGGGAGAUCCAGGAAAUGUUGUGCCUAAUUCAGGAACAUUUUUUGCUGGUCCACCUGGGCCACCAGGACCUGCAGGGCCUAAAGGAGCGACAGGUGCUCAGGGUCCAAGGGGAUAUCAAGGGGAAUCAGGUCAGCCUGGCCUUCCAGGGAGUCCCAGUAGAGUUAUAUCGGAAUAUGGUGUAGUUCAAGGAUCGCCUGGCCCCCCAGGGCCUCCUGGACCACCUGGACGAGAGGGCCAUAAAGGGGAUCCUGGAGCACCAGGUUCACCAGGAUAUCAAGGAGACUCAAGAGGGCCAGUUGGACCUCCAGGGCGACCUGGUCCUCCAGGCCCUCCUGGCAUUCCCGGCACUCCAGGGCAUUCCAGUGGGUCACAUUCAGCUGCGGACUAUCGUGGCUUCAUCAUGGAGUAUAUGCAAAGUGACAGCAUGCGGCAGCAGUUGUCUUCUAUGCAGGGGCCACCUGGUCCACCUGGGGCUUCAGUGUCUGUGGAGGAUGUGGCAUCUCGGGUCAUUGCUUACAUUCAGCGCUCUGGAAUCAGUGGUGGCAGGAUAAGUCAAGGUGCUCAAGGUCCACCAGGUCUUCCUGGCCCUCCUGGAAGUCUAACGGUUGACUCCAUCAUUUCCCUUUUACAGAGAGACGAUGUGAGGCGUUAUGUGGUUGGUCCUCCAGGACCACCUGGUACACCUGGCAGUAGUGCUGGUAACUUCAACACACAGGAAGUGGCAAACUAUGUCAUCAGAUUAAUGAAUGACCAGGGGAUGACGGGUAGGACAGGACCACCAGGCCCUCCCGGCCCUCCCGGCCAGCCAGGGUCUUCCUACAGUGACAUAUACACUCUAAUUCAGAGGUCAGGGCUUAGUGGAAGCUUAGGACGUCCGGGGCCUCCUGGUCCUCCUGGGAUACAGGGACCCCCUGGUCCCCCAGGGAGCAGUUCCUCUGUGGUCUCAGGUUACAGACUUGAGGACAUCCAGCGCUACCUGCAGAACAGUGGAUUUAGGGGACCCCCUGGCCCACCAGGACCCCAGGGUCCUCCAGGUGACACUAGAGGCCUCGUAUCAUAUUCUGGAUCUUCCCAGCGAGACCAGAUUCGUGCUGAGCUGCAGGAAUACUUCAAGAGUGACACUAUACAACGUUAUGCCCAAGGUCCCCCUGGGCAUCCCGGUCCUCCUGGUCAGAAGGGUGAACGUGGUGACCCUGGACAUAGCUAUCAGAAUAUUGGAGGCCAAUCCAAUUAUGGCACAGAGUUUACUGAUCCAGUGGACUACUCCAAUGUUGCACUAAAAGUGACCAACUACAUUAAGAACCAGGGUCUACUGGAGGAUCUGACAGAGGGGUAUUGGAGAGGACAAGCAGGAAGAAUCCAAGGACCCCCUGGGCCUCCAGGUCCUCCUGGCCCACCCGGGUACAGCCGUGUCAUGGCUGCCUAUGGGAAUGUGACUUCUGACCUCAUGGACUUCUUUAGAACACAUGGGACCAUUCGAGGGCCACCUGGCAGGUCUGGACCCAAAGGAGAUAGAGGACACCCAGGACCAAAAGGAGACAAAGGGGAGACAGGGAGUUCAGGAAGACCUGGCCUGUCGGGACAAAGAGGACCAGAGGGACCAAGAGGAGAGAAGGGCGAAAAAGGUGAUAUCCAGACUCAUAGAUCUAGGAGGAGCACUGGUGUGUAAGGGUUUACACAGUCGCAGCAGCACACUUUUGUGGACAUACUGACAAAUGCAUGCAGACUUCACAUUUAAUGAAAAUGUACAUAUCUUUAAGAAGAUAAAUACGUAAACGUGCCUCUCUAUAUGAAGUAAUACAGCUCAGAGGCUUGUUUGGUUCCCAUCAUAUCACAGUAAAGAGUUUUUAAUCAAACAAAUGCAUGCAAUAAUUUAAUCCAAAUACAACAAAUUAUGCAUUAUUAGUGUGGAUUUAAGACAACAGUCUUAGUCUUAAUUUUGGAUCUAACAUUUGAUAUAACGAUAGCACUUGAAAUCUACUUUUUGUUUUACACAGCAAUCGGCCUGGAGUGUUUUUUGUAUGAAUUUGACUGUUAUAUGAAUCUUGAUUAUGAUGACAUUUUACAUUGCAAACACUGAAUAAACCGAUAUAAAGGGUUGUAUUUAAUGUGCUUACUAACAAUAAAGAGGACAAAAUCAUCUUUUAAAAAUACCUCUAAAUGACAUUCAUUGAGUUAAAG